AUUCAAACAUAGUUCAGUUUUUAAGCCAAAUUGUCUAUUUCUGUAAUUGUUUCCCUUCUUUGUGUAUCAUAUUUUAACGACAUAACACGUUUUAAGAGCAGACUGCAAAUCCUGUAAACUGGGAGACAGAUUUUCACAUCCAUUCUGUCAAAGCGAUAAAAAGACUAAGACUUGUUCUAAAAAAUGACAUAGUAAAAUGAUACUUAAUAUCUUAAAAGAAAGAUAUUUAAAACUUUGUGUUGAAACAUGAUUGUAACAGUUUUUACAUUUCGACACCUUUCGGUUUUGUUAACAUUUUCCUAUUUCUUAAAAACAACGAACAGCAAAACCAUAUCGGGAACACUUUCAAGCCAGACAGCUAUUAACGAAUGGGGACAGUAUUUAACAACAUUUUGCUUUCAUGGUCAAGCUUUAUUGAACUACACCUUGAAUGAUACAGGUCAUUCCUCACCAAAGUUUGUUUUGUUUUUAAAUGAUGAUUGGAGUGAUGCAUUACAAGAAGAAGGAUGUGAAAAUAAAUUUGAAUUAGCCAGGGCAGUAUAUCAAAUAAAGAACAGAACUGGUAACUUUACAGUAAGUUACAUAGAUAAACCACACCUUUACCAUGUGUUAUAUGUGGACGAUAACACAUGUGGAGAUGACAGUCGAGAGAUCAAAUCUAACUACAUACAUUAUACAAUACAGUUACUCAACCCUGACUCCCUAGGAAACCCUACAGAACAUUUUGGAGAUGAUGAAACAGGACUUCUAAGAUUUUACCAGCUAUUGACUUUAGCGUAUUUUGUAUUGGGAUGUAUAUUUGCUCCACGACUGUAUGAAACGUUAAGUAAAGGAGGACCUAUGCAGCUAGUCAUACAAUUACUAACAGUGUCUACCUGUCUUCAGGCAUUAGGCAGCUUUAUCAUGAUGAUUCAUUUACAAAGGUAUUCAAAAGAUGGAAUGGGUUCAUCAUUUGUAGAAUUAAUAGCUGAAUUUUUUGAUGUAUUGUCUCAGUUUGCUAUGUUGUACAUGUUACUCAGUCUAAGUCUUGGAUGGACUUUAGGAACAAGUUAUAAAGCAGUAUCACAUUUACAUAUAAUCAGUAAAAAACCUGCAGCACGAGUUGUAGGUGUCUUAGCUGUAAUACAGGCAAUACUAUUUAUAUGGGAACAAAUAGAAGAUACAGAUCACAGAAUGUAUCAUGCUCAUCGUAGUUAUGCUGGUUUAGCACUUGUAGUUCUUCGUAUUUUAUUAGCUGCCUUAUUUGCCUGGAAUCUCAAUGUGACGGUCUCAGCAGAAAGAAGUGCUUUACGUCGGGAAUUUUAUAAGUCUUUCACUAAAAGUUGUAUGUUGUGGUUUUUAUGUUAUCCUUUGAUAGUGGUGAUAUCAUGGAUAUUUUAUGAAUACCUCAGAUAUAAGUUGAUAACAAUGGCAGUUGUAAUGAGUCAGUGUGGAGCUGUGGCCAUGCUGUACAAGUUAUUCCUGUCUAGAAGCCUGUAUUGGGAAAUAUCUGCUUUAUCAAGUUCUCUCCCCUUACAUGUCAGAAUGGAUAAAACAUUAGGAUACAAAUUAUACUCAUGACAGAACAACAUGGAUAAUUAACUUUGUCCAAAACUGUGUUCAGAAAGAUGUGAAGGGACCAGUAUGGUCAUAGUAUUUGAAAAUGUAACUUUUGUUUAACUGAUCUUCAGUAGCAUUGAAGUUCAGAAUGUCCUAGCUGAAAGUAUGUAAGACACCACCAAGAUAUAACAUCAGCACAGAGGGUCAUACCAAAGGAUUUGAUUCUGUCUGGAAAAUGGACAGUAUUGACACUGUAGGCACUUUUUAAAAAGAUGGUUUUAUAAUUUCUUUCCAUCUCACAUAUUCUGGAAGAUAAACAUGAAAUUGUUAUAACAUAUUCAUCAAAUUUUAUAUACAUGUACAUUUGUAGUCAGUAUAAUAUAGAUUUUCUAAAACUGUGAAUGAUGAAAUAGAGUAUCUAUAGUCAUAUGGAAAUUUAAACAAAUGAUUGGUGAUGGAAUGAAAGGUUAAUUUUCCUUGUGAAUGAUCUUAUUUUUAGCUCACAGGCCCAAAUCCCAGUGUAAGCAAUUGCUAUUGUUUGGUGUCUGUUGUCAUCCUCUGUCAUUCGUAAACUUUCACAAAAAUCUUCUCCUCUGCAACUUAUGGGCCAAUUAGGGUAUCUAGUGUAAAAAAUGUGCCAGGUGAUCCUGCUUGCCAACCAAAAUGGCCACCAAGGCUAAAAUUAGAACAAUGGUAUUUUUUUUAUCUUGUCUUAUCAAGGGCAGAAUUGUUUAAAAUAAUGAGAUCUACCUACCUUCUAUUAAACCAAAACUGUUAGACUUCUCCUUAUAGAAAUUAAUACCCUUAAAUGAUGAUUUUUUUCCAUUUUGCUUAUUAUCUUAAGAACUAUAGAUCAACUCAAAAUAGCAAAAAAGAUAAGACUAAUAGUCAACAAAGCAGAAAUCCUCAGUCAACUACUUAUAGGAGAUAUUGCCCUUAUAUUGAUUUACAUUUUGCACAUUUUUGACAAAAAAACUAUAGUAGAGUGAAAUUGUAAACAACAAAAAUGAUCAGCAAAAAAUAGACCUUUAGUCAUGCAUUAUAUUCUAGUCUUUCAUGUUGGAAAGUGGCCAUUGUUGAAGAUGCACAUGGAUUCAGGUGAUUGACAAAGGCUCUUUAGAUUCUUUAUUAUUUUAUGGGAUUUUUUUAUUUGUUUUGGGUUGGUGUUUUUUUUUUGGGAGGGUAUUUGAUUCAUUUAUGUUAUACAUAAGUAAACUUGAAUUUAAUGAAUUGUUGUGUGAACUGAGCAGAGUAUUUAAAGUGAGAAUGUUACAUAUCAUAUACAAAUUUGCUCAUUAAAAUGGUUAUGUAGUCAAUGUGUAAAUGAUCCUUAUUUAUUUUUAAAACAAUAAAAAAAAAACACUAAUGAAAGGCAAGUUGGUCUUUUAAUUGUUGUGAUUGAUAAUUAUAAGAACUUUUGUAGCUAUGUAAACUUCCACUAGGUAAAACUAGGCAUACAUUACCUUUAGCAAUAGCAGGUCCUAAGCUAGUGAAAGGAAAAAUUGAAUAAAUAUGCUACAGUCAUAGGACAAAAGUAUUUUAUUUUUUUUACUUUUUCCCUCCAUAUAUUUUAUAUCACAUUUAUUUUCUUUGGAAAUUCAAAUUUCUUGUACUUCAUCCAACCAUACCCAUUUUAUAGCCUACUUUAUUAAUUUAUUGAUAGAUUUGUUCUCAUCUUAAAUAUUCAUGUACUGCUUACCUCAGGAUAUAAAGGAAAAAACUAUUAAUCAAUCAUAGUCUUAUUUAGACUUUCUACAUUUAGAAAGUUAUCUAAACAAUAUGUCUGAUUAAGUAAUUACAUUGGGAUAGAAUAAAACUUGAUAUUUACAUGUAGUUAUACACAUAUUUCAAAGUUUAAUCAGAUUUGUGAUUGAAUUUCUCAUACUUAAGGAUAGAAUUUACCACAUCUGCAUAUGACAAAAGCAGAUGAAAAAUGGGAGUGAAUUGGGAGAAAAAGGGUAAAAUAUCCAUUUUUGUUUCAUUAAAAAUUAAAUGUUAAGGAAGUUUUAUAUACAAAUGCUUAUUUAAACACAAAUUAUAAUUAUAUUGUUUUAAAUUUUGUUAAACUAAAUACAGAUCUUGAUGAAGAAAAUUAACAGUUAUUCUUUUAAGUUUUGCACUUUGAUGACAAAAUUUUUGAUCUUGUGUAAAAAUUAAUUCAAUCAUUUGUGAUGGCAAAUUACUAAUAGCAAUAUAAUAGUGUCUGAACUAAUCAUGGAAUGAAAAAUUAAAAUAUUCCUUAUAAAUUUUUUGUCCAUAGACUGCUCUGACAAAUUGUCUUGGCUGUAGAUACUGUAAACUUGUAUUACCACCAUAUUAGUUGAACUGUUUUUAUUAUGACAAAUACCUAAAAAUAUUUCUAAAUCUGUCAUGUAUGUUAGAUUGAUAAUGGUAACCAUCUUACAUGUAUUUCUUAAACGCUAGUGUUUAUGACUGAUUCCAGUUCAGUGUCAUAUAUUUUGUUUUAAUAAACAAUCACUGUGUCUGAAGCUUAAGUUUUUGAUAGUCCUGUAUACCGGGGUAAAUGUUUCAAGGUUAGACUACAUCAUAAAAUACAAAGUCAGAAUCUUAAAUUACUAUAAAUGAAUAAACAACAGAAAGAUGAAGCAUUUUUAAAAUUUGGUUUCUGUAUGUUUAUUAUAUGAUUUAUUAAUGCAAUAAUUUUCACAGAAUUCAUUGUAACGGGAUUUUUUACUACAAUUAAUUCCCUUUAAAAGUAAAAAGCUGUUUUAAACUAAAUACUGAAAGCGGUUUGUCAUUUAUAGUUGUAGAAAAUAAUCAUAUUCAUCCAUUUCAAUAUUGUCAAGCUAAGUGUUGAAUCAUCUGCAUCUUUUUGGUGGUAUUUGUUCUAAUACUAGGUGUUUAAGUCAUGAAAUGGUGCAAUGAUUAUUUUAUGUCAAAAUGUAAAUUGGUUGUUAUGACAACAAAUAAAAUAUUUAUUGUUUUCAAA